AUGUCGACGAACCCGACGAAUGUUAUCCGCUUGGGUGACUCGAGCCAACUUCGAGAAGCCUUCACUUUAGAAGGCCUGCUAACCAUCGUUGGCGACAAGUGGCGAGACGAUGAUGAUACUGCAGCCAACACAUGGAUUGAACUCCGGACAGCCAAAAACGCAUGCCCGCUUCACAUCAGACUCAGCCCUACCAGAAAUCAAGUGGCUUUUAACUGUGCGGUUUCUGUGGACAACACCCCGGGUAAGACCUCUUGGAUCAGGGAGGAGGCUGUGACAAUCGAAAAACUCAAAACGCGUGAAAACCCUCGAAUCAUCGUCUAUGAUCACGGUCGAAAGCACGGCUACCAAAUCCUUUUCAAUUACCAGACUGUUGCCUGGUACAAGCCCGAUGAGAAGGUCCCUGAUGAGAAGGUGACGCAGGUGUGGUAUGGUCGCAAUGAAUAUAACCCCCCUGCUUUUGGUGAACAAAUUACUGUUUCCACGGCAAGGGACUUGGGCCGGUUCAAGUGA